GGGGCGAAAUUCCCAAGAUUUCAUUGGGAUUCGAGGUUUUUCGAAAAAUACGCGUUUCUAGGGUUUCUUUGAGCUGGUCUGAAGCUGACUGCGAUUCUGCCGAGGCGUUUAUCUCUGUUGGUCCUUCUUUUUCUUUUUUCACGACUCCGGAGGUGGUUUUGAGCUGCCAGGUUCAUUUUUCAGCUAUGGGGCAGGCAAAUGCAGCUCUUUGUUUUGUUUGCUUGAGGGUUUGGAAGUGCUGAGUUGAAUUGAAUUGGAGUUUUUCAUGGGGAUAGGCUCGAGGUUGGUUUACGGUGUUGUUUGUUUUGAUUUGAGGUGUUGUUCAAAUGGGUAUUGGAUUCAUUCCUUGGAAGCACAUGUUAUUGCAACUUGAAUGGCUGAUCCUCAGAAAGCUGGUCCUGUUGAGAGGGAUAUAGAGCAGGCACUUACAUCGCUUAAAAAAGGAUCAUAUCUGCUAAAGUAUGGGCGAAGAGGGAAGCCGAAGUUCUGCCCAUUUAGGCUUUCCAAUGAUGAGUCUCUACUCUUGUGGUACUCUGGAAAGGAAGAGAAACAACUUAAACUCAGUACUGUUUCAAAGAUCAUUCCAGGACAACGAACUGCUACAUUUCAGCGGUAUCCUCGGCCUGAAAAAGAAUAUCAGUCAUUUUCCCUUAUAUACAAUGAUAGAUCCUUGGAUUUGAUAUGUAAGGACAAAGAGGAGGCUGAGAUAUGGUUUGUCGGUCUUAAGGCAUUAGUUACUCGAGGUAAUACCAACAGUCAAACGUGGAAAUUCGAACCAUGUGAAAGUCCAUAUCCUGGAAGUCCCCGUGCUGGCACACGCAAAUCUGCUCCAUCAAGUUCACCAUUUGACCCCAGAUAUACCAACGGAGUUGCUUCAGACAAUUCUAAUCAAAAUAGAUGGGUAAAGGCUUUCUCGGAAAUAAUUUCUUAUACUGGAGCUAACAAGAGUUCAAUUCAAGUCGAGUCGAUUCCGAAUUCCACUUUAUCUCCUGGGUCUGUGGAUGAAUCAAGUAAUCGAAACUCUGCAUCUGAGGCAGUUCGAGUUAGUUUAUCCAGUGUUGUUAGUUCAUCUAGCCAUGGUUCUUGUCAUGAGGAUUUUGAGGCCUUAGGUGAUGUUUUUAUUUGGGGAGAAGGUAUUGGUGAUGGAAUUGUUGGUGGUGGUGUGCGUAGAGUUGGAACCAUAUCCAAUUCUGAGAUGGAUGCAUUCCUCCCUAAGGCUUUGGAAUCAAAAGUAGUUCUAGAUGUUCAUAGUAUCAGUUGUGGCCACAAACAUGCUGUUCUAGUUACCAAGCAAGGAGAAAUAUUUAGUUGGGGAGAGGAAUCAGGAGGUAGACUUGGACAUGGUGUAGAAGUGGAUGUUCUUCACCCUAAGCCCAUUGAAACUCUUAGCGGCAUUAAUAUAGAAUUAGUAGCAUGUGGAGAAUAUCAUAGUUGUGCUGUUACGUAUUCUGGGGAUCUUUAUACUUGGGGCGAUGGUACUCACAACUCUGGCUUGCUUGGGCAUGAAAACAAUGUCAGUCACUGGAUUCCUAAGAAAGUAGGUGGUAGCUUGGAGGGUUUACAUGUAUCAUAUGUGUCCUGUGGCCCAUGGCACACAGCUAUUGUUACAUCAGCUGGACAGUUGUUUACAUUUGGGGAUGGAACUUUUGGUGCCUUAGGCCAUGGAGAUCUCAAUAGCACAAAUAUUCCUAGAGAAGUGGAAGCUUUGAAGGGGUUGAGAACAACCAGGGUUUCCUGUGGUGUUUGGCACACUGCUGCAAUUGUUGAGGUGACACACAAAUCUAAGGAAUCUCCUACACACUCUACUAUUGGAACACUUUUCACCUGGGGUGAUGGAGAUAAAUUGCAACUUGGACAUGUUGGUAGUGAACCUACACUAGUUCCUGAGCGUGUGAUUGCAUUGGAUAAUGAAAACAUUUGUCGAGUGGCUUGUGGCCACAGUCUUACAAUUGCAUUGACAACCUCAGGACAUGUAUAUACAAUGGGUAGUACAGCUUAUGGACAACUUGGCUGUCCUGCUGCUGAUGGAAAAGUCCCCACACGUGUUAAAGAUCAACUUGCUGACUGUUUUGUGGAAGAUAUUGCCUGUGGUUCUUAUCAUGUUGCAGUCCUAACUUCAAAAGCAGAGGUUUAUACUUGGGGAAAAGGUUUGAAUGGGCAAUUAGGUCAUGGAGACAAUGAUCACCGGAAUAAACCCACUCUUGUUCAGUUUUUGAAAGACAAGCAAGUGAAAACUGUCGUUUGUGGUUCAAACUUCACUGCUGUUGUGUGUAUUCAUAAAUGGGUAUCAAGCACUGACCAUUCUCUAUGUUCUGGUUGUCGUAAUCCAUUUGGAUUCAGAAGAAAACGUCAUAAUUGUUACAACUGUGGGCUUGUUUUUUGCAAAGGAUGCACAAACAAGAAAUCUAUAAAAGCUUCCCUUGCUCCAGACUCCAACAAGCCAUAUCGGGUUUGUGAUGAUUGUUACUCUAAACUUAAGAAAGCUUCAGAAACAGUUUCCUUGGUGCAAACUCCUAGCUUGAGAAGUGUAAGUUUGCAUGACAACAGUAAGGUCACUAAAUUACAGGAAAAGCUAUUAAGGCUUUCAUCCUUUGGUUCUUUUACUCAAUCAGAAAGCAGUCCAUCAAAGCCUCCAGAAUCACAUGAUACCCAUGUUUUUCCAUCUUUGAAUGGAAAAUUGCAUGUGGGGAUUUAUGGUCCUAUAAAAUCAUCAAAUACUCCUUCUCUGGUAUCUAAGAAACAUCUUUCAGUUUCUGAGCCUGCUGCAAGAAUCUCUUGCCAAUCAACAUCACCACCUUCUUCAAAGUGUAGCCCACGACAAUCUUGUGAAGAUAACCAUGAUGAUCCAAAGCUCAAAAAUGACAUUCUAACUCAAGAAGUCAUUGCUUUAAGGGCACAGGUUGAAGAGCUUACUCUUAAGUCGAAAAGUCUAGAGGCUGAACUCGAGCGAACAUCACAGCGAUUGAAGGAAGUGACAGCAGUAGCUGCAGAUGAAGCUGAAAAGUGUAAAUCUGCAAAAGAGGUUAUAAAAUCAUUGACUGCUCAGUUGAAGGAAAUGGUGCAAGGACCUCCAGAAGGACAUAAAGCAAAUGCUGACACGAUAGCAACUUCCUAUGCUGAAACCACUAAUAACAUUCGAGAUCUAUCUUUGGUUGAGAACCAUACAACAAACACUAUAAAGGAAUCCAACAGCAAUACAGCAAAUAGAACAUUAUCUAAUGGUGCCAAAGCACAAAGUGGAAAGGCAGAGCGGGUGGUGCAGGAUGAACCAGGUGUGUACAUAACUUUGUCUCCGCUGCCAGGUGGAGGUAAUGAACUAAAGCGUGUUCGCUUCAGUCGGAGGCAUUUCACAGAAGAAGAAGCUGAGAAGUGGUGGGCUGAAAAUGGAGUCAAAAUACUGGAGCGGCAUAACAUAGUUUCUUCAUAGAAUGCAAGAGAAACUGUUCCCUUGAAGUACUGUGACCUCCUGGAAAUAGUACAUUCUUUUCCUUUCUCCCUCCUCCAAAAUUAACAACGAUCUUUUGUCCAAAAUUGACGGCUAGUCUAUGAAAUUAGGGGAAGAUAAAUCACAAAGGAAGAACAUUAACUGUGCCCAACUGAGAAACCUGAGAAGAAAAAGAUAAGAGGGGAAAGUCUCUCUCUCUCUCUACAUAUUGAUCAGUGGUGCAUUUCUUCUUUUCCCAUUGUUUUUCUGUCUUUUUUGGGGGGUUGUCAACAAUGAAAAGUGUACUUGCAGCUUUGUUCUGUUCUUUUUUCACCUAUUGUAUAGCUAUUUCUCUUAGGAAACUAGUAACUUCUCACUGGUCAUUUGGUCAAUGUGUGUGUGUUCAUUCCAUUCCUAGCAUUGCUGAAGCCAUGGCAGUCCACUCAA